AUGAGUUUUAGAGACCCGAAUCCAGUUCCCAGCCCACCCGGCGCCUAUUCGGAUCCUGGCAGCUUCACGAUAAACAGCAGAAUCAUGCUCACCGCCAUAAUCCUAAUCUUAUUCGUCGUCAUUCUCAUGAUCUUUCUCCACCUCUACUCUCGCUGGUAUCUCCUCCGCUCUCGCCGCUUCCAUCUCCGCCGAUUCAACAGCAAUCGUCGCGCCGCCGCUGCUAUUAUCUUCUUCGCCAACCCUUCCUCCACCGGUGCCGUAACCUCCCGCGGCCUCGACCAGUCCGUCAUAAAAUCUCUUCCCGUUUUUACUUUCUCCGCCGCGACCGCCGAAAGCGCGAUCGAGUGUGCGGUUUGCCUCUCGGAAUUCGAGGAGAGCGAAUCGGGUCGGGUUUUGCCCAAUUGCAAGCACACGUUUCAUGUUGACUGCAUCGAUAUGUGGUUUCAUUCUCACUCCUCUUGUCCUCUCUGUCGAUCUCUCGUCGAACCUAUCGACGGUACAGUGAAAUCGGCGGCGGAGGAAGUCGCGAUUUCGAUUUCUGAUCCGGUUCCCGGUGACGACCACGGAUCGAGACCUGAAUUGGGCGACGCAGACCUCGUCGUUGGAGGAGCUGAGACUUCGGAGAAUUUGGAUCGCGAAUAUUCCCGUAGAAAACCGGCGGCGAUUGAAGUCCCGGUGAGGAAUCUCGGAGAAUUGGAGAACGAUUUGACUCGGAGCCACUCGUUUAGAUCACCGAUGAGACGGGUGAUGUCUUUCACACGGAUUUUGAGCAGAGAACGGAGAAAUGCUUCCUCUUCUUCUUCUGUUGGAUUUCCGCCUGUGUCGCCGCCGGCCUUUAGCAUGUCGGUGACGGAGUUAGAUAUUGAAUUGGAUUGGGAGGAUAAGAGAGAGACUCGUUGA